GCAAAUUUACUUCCGCUGUGUCAUCUUGGCUCCCCGCAUUGGACGUUGCCGGGCCUCCGCUCGACGUCGGGGUCUCGUGACUCUUUUUCGGUCCUUUCGGCGGAUGAUGUUUUCUCCCGUCAACGUUUUCGUCCUACUGGUGGUCUCGUCCUCCUGCGGGGGGCUCCGGCACGACGCCUCGCUCGACGAGGAGCUCGCCAGGAGCCGACAGCCCUCCAAAUGGGGCUCUUUGUGGCCGCUUCCCCAGCGAGUGGACGCUUCGGACCUGACGUUCACGUUAGCCGCCGCCAGCUUUCAAAUCUUCGACGGCAAAACGUCGUCGUUGGGGCCGAGCUGCAGCCUGUUACAGAACGCCUACAGGAGGUACUACAAGUACAUUUUUGGCGAGGUCAAAACAAAAUGGCCACGGAAAUACUCACCAGAACUGUUGGGGCUGGCGGUGUUGAUCACAGACCCGGACUCGGAAUGUGACCGAUAUCCCAGCGUGACGUCCGACGAGUCAUAUGAACUGUUGGUGAUUCAGCCCUACGCAAUCCUGAAGGCGCCGAAAGUCUGGGGCGCCUUGCAUGGUCUGGAAACAUUUAGUCAGUUGGUGUACGAAGAUCAAUUCGGAGCAAAAAGUGUCAACUUUACCGAAAUCAGCGACUUCCCCCGGUUUGCACACCGAGGCGUCUUGCUGGACACCUCGCGACACUUUCUACCCGUCAAAGUCAUUCUGGACAAUCUGGAAACAAUGGCAAUGAACAAGUUCAACGUCUUCCACUGGCACAUCGUUGACGAUCCGUCCUUCCCGUACCUGAGCCGAACGUUCCCGGACCUCAGCCAGAAGGGGGCGUACCACCCGUACACGCAUGUGUACACGCCGUCCGACGUGAAGAUGAUUAUCGAGUUUGCUCGACUGCGGGGCAUCCGCGUCAUCCCCGAGUUUGACACGCCGGGCCACACGCAGUCCUGGGGCAAAGGACAGGCAGAUCUUCUAACGCCGUGCUUCGCCGGCUCCGAACCGUCGGGCAGCUUCGGCCCGGUCAACCCAAUUAUCAACACCACCUACGACUUCAUGAGGCGCCUCUUCCAGGAGGUCGCCGCCGUCUUCCCCGAUGACUACGUUCACCUGGGGGGCGACGAGGUGGACUUCACCUGCUGGAAGUCCAACCCUGACAUCCAGAGGUUCAUGGAGCAGCAAGGCUUCGGGAAAAACUACAGCGAGCUGGAGUCCUUAUAUAUCCAAAGACUUUUGGAUAUCGUGGCCUCCACCAAGAAGGGUUGCGUCAUCUGGCAGGAGGUCUUCGACAAUGGUGUGAAGCUGAAGGCAGACACACUCAUCCACGUGUGGAAAGGCACCCAGCAGCAAUACCAGAAUGAGAUGGCCAACGUCACGGCGGCGGGUUACCGGACCCUGCUGUCCACCCCCUGGUACCUGAACCGUAUCGCCUACGGCCAGGACUGGCGGGACCAUUACGCCGCAGACCCGCAGGACUUCCAGGGAACCGAGGAGCAGAAGAAGCUGGUGAUCGGCGGAGAAGCCUGCCUGUGGGGGGAGUACGUGGACGCCACCAACCUCACGCCGCGACUCUGGCCUCGCGCCAGCGCCGUUGCCGAGCGGCUGUGGAGCGCCAAGAACGUGACGGACGUCAACGACGCGUACGACAGGCUGUCCUCGCACCGCUGCCGCAUGGUCGAGCGCGGGAUCCCCGCCGAGCCAUUGUUCUCCAGCUACUGUCCCCACGAGUACAAGGGAAUCUGAGGAGGAAGAGGAAGACGCGGAGGGAGAAAUUGAGGAAUCAUGUGUGGCGUCGCACCUUUUUAUUUUUGAAUACGCACACGCGCUCUCUGAUCAAUGCACUCUUUUGUAAUUUUUGUAAGACUAAAUAUAAAUGCUGACAAAUUGA